AUGUCAUACAGCCAGAGACGCCGGGGCUCGGCGGAGUUCGCUGCAACCCCUUGUCGGUACGAGUAUUGGUGGAGAGAACGACAGCGACGGAGCGACGGACAACGUGGCAGGUUACCUGCCGGACUGCCUGCCAUCCCUUCCAACAAGCCGCCGGCGAUAUUUGAUCCUGAGCGCCGCCUGAUCGAGCCGCAGCAGCGAAUCACAGAUAUCGAGAAGGGUUUACAGCACAGCCACUGUAAUGGUAGGGUGCGGGGGGCAGCCACGUCCAUCUCCCUGUCUUCAGACUCUACGCUGUUGGAGAAGCCGCCGCCAAGUCUGAUAGAGCUGCCGUCCAAACGGUCCAAACGAUUCUUCCGACAUCUUCGGUAUGGCACCUUCGCAGUGUACCAACGACUGUUCACGUUUGUGUUUCUGGCGAAUCUAGCCGCCGUCCUCAUACUCCUACACCACCAAUCGUGGACCAUGUCCCGAGUCUUCCAACUCGACCACCUCGCGACCUUCGCAUCCUCGAACCUCCUCGUCGCAAUCUUCUUCCGCCAAGACUGGCUCAUCAACCUGCUCUUCCGCACCGCCUGGCUAGUCCCAUGGUCCGCUCCUCUCCGGAUACGGCGCAUGAUCAGCAGAGUGUACUGCUACGGCGGGAUCCACUCCGGCGCCGCAACCACAGGAACCGCGUGGUGGCUCGCCUUCACCGCCGUCAUGAGCUGGGAGGGCGUGACUCACGGGCACCACACGCCAGCCCUCCUCAUCCUCACGCUGACCAUCGCCUCCCUCCUGCUCACCAUCAUCUUGCUCUCACUCCCGCGCCUCCGCGCCCGCCACCACAACACCUGGGAACUCACGCACCGCUUCCUGGGCUGGCUCGCGGUCGCCCUGUUCUGGGCACAGCUGCUCCUCCUCACGCAGCACGCCGCCCGCACCGGCCCUCACCCCUUCACCGCGCUGCUAGCCCGCACCCCGAGCUUCUACAACCUCGCGGCCCUCACCGCGCUGCUGGCGUACCCCUGGCUGCGCCUGCGCCGCUGGCGCUUCGCCGCGACCCCGCUGUCGGCCCACGCGCUGCUGCUCAGCACCCCGCGGCCCGUGCCCGCGUACUCGUGUCUGGUGCUGUCGGCGGCGCCGUGGCGCGAGUGGCACCCGUUCGCGACGUUUCCGCGCGCGGGGGGGACGGGGCUGGUGGUCAGUGGCGCGGGGGACUGGACGAGGGGGCUUGUUGCGAGUGCGCGGUGGCGGAGCAAGGAGGAGGCGCUGCGGAGCGGAGGGGAGAAGGGUGCGCAGACAGUGCAGGGAGAGCAGGGCGAGCAAGACGAGCAGCUCGAGCACGACAAGCAGCCAGCGCAGCCCUCGCAGCCCUCUCACCCCGCCCCCAAAGCCCCCGCCGUCGCAAUGCACUUCUGGGUAAAACCGCACCCGCACCCCGGCGUCCUCUCCCUAACCCUCCUCUACCCCCGCCUCAUAAUCCUAACAACAGGCUCCGGCAUCGGCCCCGCGCUGUCCUCGCUGCUCGACCGCCCCGCGUCCCAACACGCGCGUCUAGUAUGGAGCACGCGGUCCCCGCUCACCACCUACGGCCCCGAGAUCCUGGCGCUCGUGGCGCGCGCCGAUCCGCACGCAGUCGUGCUCGAUACGGAUGCGCGCGGGCGUCCGGAUUUGCUCAGGGUCGCGCUGGGCGUGUGGAGGGAGGAAAGGGCGGAGGCGGUGUUUGUGCUGAGUAAUGAGCGGGUGACGAGGGAGGUUGUGGGGGGGUUGGAGAGGAGGGGGGUGCCUGCGUUUGGGCCGAUAUGGGACUCGUAG